GCUCAGAUUAUUUUUUUAAUGUUGGAUUGUUGUAAGAGCGAUCCAAUAUUUGGAAAAGACUUGCAAUGUUGUUUUUCUGGCGAGAAGCCCAGCGCCUGCUGCUUUCGCUCUUCCUCCUCACAGCCUGGGAGACUGGGGGCGGCCAGCUCCACUACUCGGUCCCCGAGGAGGCCAAACACGGCACCUUUGUGGGCCGCAUCGCGCAGGACCUGGGGCUGGAGCUGACAGAGCUGGUGCCGCGCCUGUUCAGGCUGGCGUCCAAGAACCGAGGGGACCUUCUGGAGGUAAAUCUGCAGAAUGGCAUUUUGUUCGUGAAUUCUCGGAUUGACCGGGAGGAGCUGUGCGGGUGGAGCGCAGAGUGCAGCAUCCACCUGGAGGUGAUCGUGGACAGGCCGCUUCAAGUUUUCCAUGUGGAGGUGGAGGUGAAGGACAUUAAUGACAACCCUCCAGUUUUUCCAAUGGAGGUAAAAAAUUUGUUUAUUUACGAAUCUCGACAGCUGGGCUCUCGGUUUCCACUAGAGGGCGCAUCUGAUGCAGAUAUGGGAACAAAUUCUUUGUUAACUUACAAUCUUGACUCCACUGAAUAUUUUACCUUGGACAUUAAAAGAAAUGAUGAGGAAAUUAGAUCCCUUGGACUUGUGUUGAAAAAACUUUUAAAUCGAGAGGAUAUUCCUAAGCAUCAUUUACUAAUAACAGCAACUGAUGGUGGGAAACCAGAGCUCACGGGCACUACUCAAGUGAAGAUCACCGUUUUAGAUGUGAACGACAAUGCCCCAGUGUUUGAGAAGACCGUCUACAAAGUCAGAUUAUUUGAAAAUGUACCAAAUGGUACCCUAGCAGUAAUCGUCAACGCCACUGAUUUGGAUGAAGGCAUAAAUAAGGACAUUGUAUAUUCUUUCAAUACCGACACGUCAGCAUAUAUUUCGUCAAAAUUUUACUUAGAUCCCGUCAAUGGAUAUAUCAGCGUAAAAGGUAACAUAGAUUUUGAAGAAACGAAGUCAUAUGAAAUCCAGGUAGAAGCAACGGAUAAAGGAAAUCCCCCAAUGACAGAUCACUGCACGGUUCUGGUGGAAGUUCUGGACAUCAAUGAUAAUGUUCCUGAGUUGGUUAUCAAAUCACUAUCUUUACCAGUAUUAGAAGACUCUCCACUUGGCACAGUCAUCGCCCUGAUCAGCGUGUCCGACAGCGACUCAGGUGCCAACGGACAGGUCACCUGCACCCUGACAACUCAUGUCCCCUUCAAACUGGUGUCCACCUUCAAGAAUUACUAUUCACUGGUACUGGACAGCACCCUGGAUCGUGAGAGUGUGUCGGCUUAUGAGUUGGUGGUGACCGCGUGGGACGCGGGCUCGCCUUCUCUGUGGGCCACCGCCUACGUGUCUGUAGAGGUGGCAGACGUGAAUGACAAUGCGCCGACGUUCACGCAUCCAGAGUACACUGUGUUGGUGAAGGAGAACAACCCGCCGGGCUGUCACAUCUUCACGGUAUCUGCACAGGACGCGGACGCACAGGAGAACGCGCUGGUGUCCUACUCGCUGGUGGAGAGGCGGGUGGGCGAGCGCGCGCUGUCCAGCUACGUGUCGGUGCACGCGGAGAGCGGCAAGGUGUACGCUCUGCAGCCUCUGGAUCACGAGGAACUGGAGCUGCUGCAGUUCCAGGUGAGCGCGCGCGAUGCAGGCGUGCCACCGCUGGCCAGCAACGUGACGCUGCAGGUGUUCGUGCUGGAUGAGAAUGACAAUGCGCCAGCACUGCUGGAGCCCCGGGCGGGCACUGCUGGAGGCCUGGUGAGUGAGCUGGAGAUGCGGUCUGUGGGCGCUGGCCACCUGGUGGCUAAGGUGCGCGCAGUGGACGCUGACUCUGGCUACAAUGCCUGGUUGUCAUAUGAGCUGCACCCAGCAGCUGGCGGCUCACGUAGCCUAUUCCGCGUGGGGCUUUACACCGGUGAGAUCAGCACGACACGAGCCCUGGACGAGGCAGACGCGUCGCUUCAGCGCUUGCUUGUUCUGGUGAAGGACCACGGUGAACCUGCGCUGACCUCCACAGCUACCGUGCUGGUGUCACUGGUGGAGAGCGGCCAGGCGCUGAAGGUCACUUCACGGGUGUCGCCGGGCGCUGUGGGCCCGGAGGCGGCGCUGGUGGAUGUCAAUGUGUACCUGAUCAUCGCCAUCUGUGCGGUGUCCAGCCUGUUGGUGCUCACAGGGCUACUGUACACCGCUCUGCGGUGCUCCGUGCCGCCCACCGAGGGUAACUGUGGGCCGGGCAAGCCUAGGCUGGUUUGCUCCAGCGCGGUGGGGAGCUGGUCAUACUCGCAGCAGAGGGGGCAGAGGUGUGCUCUGGGGAGGGUCUGCCCAAGUCCGACCUCAUGGCUUUUAGCCCCAGUCUCUCACCAUGUCCAGUUACUCGGGAUAGAGAGGAGCAACAGGUUGUUGACAUUGAUCUCUCGGCCAAAGUAA